CCCAAUGAAAGAAUAGACCAUUCUAGGCUUUAACUUUUUGUUAAACAAAUGUUUAAACAACUCUACUUAUUCAAUUAUGUACAAGCUGCCCAGUGUCAGAUAAAUAUACAAUGAAUUAAAUUGUAGCGGAUUGUUACAAGUUCUUCAAAUACCCAUAGAAUGAUAGGUUUCUUUUAGUGAAUGUAAAACACGUAAAUACACCAGUUUGAUUUUCUACACUACUUUUUAGAAAGUGACAAACAAGAUGGCCACUAUAACUUCUGCUGUCAACACGUAAAAGAGGUCAAUGCUCAAUUUAGUUCAAUGUAGAGAUCAGCGUUUGUCAAAGUAAACCUCACACUCAGCAAUCGAGGAUAAUAGUUUCUUCAUUUUUCAGAUAUUCAACCAUGAAAAACUAAAGAAACAACAGAACAUGAAAUUCAAUCGUCAAAGAAAGAAGUCAUCAAUUUGUAUAGUCACAAAAUCGCCCACAAACAGCUGAAUAGUGUUACAACAUUUUCAUGGUUUAGUGAAUAUAUAAAAUGUGUUACGUAUUGUUUCGGGAGAUAUAAUUGAAACGAAAAUUACCAAUCCUUUAUUAUAUAUAUAGAGUUAUAAAGAGAUCCUUUUUUUAAUGCUUUAUUGAAUUCUGUACAGCCUUUGUUUUGUCACAUUUUAUACAUCUUUAGAAUGUCUACAUGGCGAUAUCUAGCUACUUUUUUGAUGUUUUUCUGGCGAUUUCCUGUAUUCUCACCAGUGUUUUGUGGUGAUUGGAGAUGGCAAAAUGUGAAGUAACAACAGAAGCUACUAGCCCAAAGAAGGAUCUUCAUUUACUGUCUCUGAUUGUAAAAUAAAAGAAGAAAAGUAUGAAGAUCCUAAUGAUACUGAGAAUACAUUUGUCCAAGUAAAAACUGAACAAAGUAUUGAUUCAACAAACGAUGUCAUUAUUUCCAAGUUCAGUGAGAGUGAUGAUGAAACUGUUGAUUGUUCACAACAUGAUGUUAUGAGUUUGAAAAGUGAACCAAAAGAAGAGUUUCAACAAAUUAACUCCGAGUUAGAAGGUUUAUCAGUAACAACAGAAGCUACUAGCCCAGAAGAAGGAUCUUCAUUUACUAUCUUUGAUUGUAAAAUAAAAGAAGAAAAGUAUGAAAAUCCUAAUGAUACUGAGAACACAUUUGUCAAAGUUAAAACUGAACAAAGUGUUGAUUCAACAAACGACGACAUUAUUUCCAAGUUCAGUGAGAGUGAUGAUGAAUCUGUUGAUUGUUCACAACAUGAUGUUAUGAGUUUGAAAAGUGAACCAAAAGAAGAGUUUCAACAAAUUAACUCUGAGUUAGAAGGUUUAUCAGAUCCAGAUCCACACUUGAACAAUUAUUCUGGAAAACAGUUUCCUGGACAUCAAAUUGUAAACAACAAUUACCAGUUUCUGAAUCCAAGUGAUAGUAAUAUAUCUGAUAAAACGUUGUUGAUGGUAAAUAACCAGAAAAUAUGUAACAUUUCCCAUAGUGAAGCUACAGCAUGCAGUAACAAUGUGUGUGACAAAGAAUUAGAAAGUAAACAUCAUCUAGAAUUAAAUGUGAGGUCACAUCCUGGGAAGAAACAACACAGGUGUGUAGUGUGUGGCAAACAGUUUGUAACACAGAGUAACUUAAAAAUACACUUGAGGAUACACACUGGAGAGAAACCGUACAGUUGUUUAGUUUGUGAUAAAAAAUUUAGGAGUAAAAGUCAACUAAAUAGACAUAAGAAGGUACACACUGGAGAGAAACCGUACAGUUGUCUAGUGUGUGGUAAAGAAUUUGUAAAUAAUUCCUGUCUAGAAGAACAUGUUAGGAUACAUACUGGAGAGAAACCAUACAGUUGUGCAUUAUGUUGGAAAAGAUAUCGAAGUAAAAGACAAUUAACAGUACAUGAGAGAGUACACAGUGGAGAGAAACCAUAUACUUGUGCAGUGUGUAAAAAAAAAUUUGGGAAUAAAAGUCACCUUAACAGACAUGAGAAGAUACACACCAAUGAAAAACCACACAGUUGUUUAGUGUGUAAUAAAAUAGUUCAUGGCAGUAGUCAGUUAAAAAAACAUGAGAGAAUACAUACUGGUGAGAAACCUUUCACUUGUGUAGUUUGUGAUAAAAAAUUUGGAUAUAAAAGUCUUCUUAAUGCACAUGAGAAGGUACAUACUGGAGAGAAACCAUAUGAAUGUUUAGUUUGUGGAAAAAGAUUUGGGACAAAUACCUGGCUACAAGAACAUGUGAGGAUACACACUGGAGAGAAACCAUACAAUUGUGUAGUGUGUAACAAAAACUUUCGAAGAAAUACUCAGUUGAAAGAACACGAGAGAGUACACACUGGGGAGAAACCAUACAGUUGUGUAGUUUGUAACAAAGGAUUUCGAAGCAAUAGUCAGUUAAAAAUUCACGAGAGAGUACAUACUGGGGAGAAACCGUACACUUGUGUAGUUUGUGAUAAAAUCUUUAGGAGUAAAAGUCAUCUUAACAGACAUGAGAAGGUGCAUACUGGAGAGAAACCAUACAGUUGUGUGGUGUGUGGUAAAGAGUUUGUUAUAAAUACUUGGUUACAAGAACAUAUGAGGAUACACACUGGAGAAAAACCAUACAGUUGUUUAGUGUGUGGCAAAGAAUUUGUAAGUAACAAUAAACUUAAAACACACCAGAGGGUACACACUGGAGAAAAACCAUAUAGUUGUUUAGUGUGUGGGAAAAAAUUUGGAAGAAACAUUUAUCUUAAAGCUCAUCAAAGGACCCACACGGGGGAGAAACCGUACAGUUGUUUAGAGUGUGGGAAAAAGUUUUUAAGUAAUAAUAACCUUAAAACACAUAAAAGGAUACACACUGGAGAGAAACCAUUCAGCUGUUUUGUGUGUCAUAAAGAAUUUACAAGAAAUUAUAGUCUUAAAAUGCAUCAAAAGAUACACAAUGGGGAGAAACCAUACAGUUGUGCCAAAGAGUACAAAAGAAUUAGAUACAUUAGAGCACAUUAAAUAAUACACGAUGGGGAGAACUUUCAAUUUUGUAGUGUAUGGUAAUAAAUUAUUACCUGAAAAACUUGGUGAAGAAAUCCAUCUCAAAAUCAUGAUAUUACAGAUGCUGGAGAGUAUCUAUUUCAUUGUUUUGUGUGUGGCUUGAAAAUUGUAAUAAAUAGUAACCUAGAAAAACGUGAAGACACACAUACACACACUGGGGAGAAACUGUACAGUUUUGUAAGGAUAUUUUACAUAUCUAAAAUACAUAACUUACACAGUUAGAGGAAAACUGCAAAAGUCUGAAAUCAAGAAGUUGUAAACUGAUAAAAAUAACAAAAUAUACAAGUUUGUUGUGUGUGGCAGGGAUUUUGGAAGGUAAAGCUGUGUAUCAAAAUACAUGCGGGGCUUAAUCCAUUUUUAGGUUGGUUGUUGUUAAUUUUUUGUUUUGUGUUUCUGAAGAAAUUAAUGGUGAAAGACAUCACUGGAGUCAAAUCUUUCAAUUGUAUUAUACAAAUCCAUAACAUAAAACCUAUAUAUAUAGUAAGUACAGAUCCUGCUUUGUGCUCCAUCGAUCUGCAUGUAGGUACCUCUUCUUCAGAACAAAAGAAACCAAAAACUUUGAUCAAAAUAGUACAUAUUCAGAGUAAAAGGUGAAAAUUAUUGUGCCACAAGAGACCAGGCAAUAUAUGUGUCUUCUUCUGGGUGAAAUUAAAUAAAGUAAUAUGUCAACAACAAUAUUUGCUAUAUCCAAUACCAGAUCUCAUCAAGACGGCUAGGAUACGACAGAUAUACUAAUGGUUGAGAUGCUAUUUGUUAUUAAAUUUCAAGUAAGUUUUAUUUAGAUAAUGCAGUAUGUUGUAGAUAAUUAACCAAUCAAAAGGAGAUACAGAAAAGCGAGAGAGAAAAUACAUGCAACCUCUGUAACAGAAAAGAAGCAUUAUUAGUUUUGUUAAGUUAAAUGUAUAAAUAACCAAGUAAUACAUUUAAGAAAAAGUUUUUGAAACUUAAAUGUCUGUGUAAGUUAUUGAACAUUUACUCAUUGUUUUUUUUUAAAACAGUAGUAUAUGAAUAUCACCAAUACACUAUCCUACCAAAAGUCAUGGGACACGGGUAGUUAUGAAUAAAACAUGUCUUUAUUCCUAGAAAUUAAUAGCCUUUGGCCUUAAUGACUGCUUCAGUGUGUUGUGGAAGACUGUCUACCAAUCUCUGGUAGAAAGCUGGUGAUAUUGUGUUCCACUCAUCCUUUAAAGCAUUAGUGAGUUUCAUUACUGAAGAGGACCGUCUUGGCCUUGCCCUAAUUCUGUGUUCCAGUUCAUCCCAAAGAUGUUCCAUUGGGUUGAGGUCGGGGCUCUGUGCUGGCCACUGCAAUGUUCUAAUGUUAUUCUCUUCAAACCAUGUGUUCACAAUCCUUGCUUUUUGACAAAGAGCAUUAUCAUGUUGAAAGGUUUAAGGACCGGUACCAUAAAAUUGCCACAAUGUCGGACAAACAGAGUUGUUCAGAACAUCAAUGUAGGACUCAGCAUUCAUGGAUCCAUGCACUGCAACCAGUGCCACAAGAAUCAUCCCCAGACCAUGAUACCACCACCUUCAAACUUCACUGUUGAGACAACACAUUCAGGUAAUAAGAAUUUUCCAGGCAUCCUCCAUACCCAAACACGUCCAUCAGACUGGAAAAGUGGGUAGCGUGACUUGUUGCUCCACAGAAUUGGUGUACCUUGCACCAUGCCAAUCGACUGUGUGUAUUUGUUUUUGUUAUCAACGGCUUGUUGGCUGCAGCUCUUCUGUGAAAAUUCAUGGCAUGCAGCUGUCGAUGUGUCGUGGAAACACUUAUAAGAUUGGCUGUGGCUGCUCGCACCUCCAAACACAGAUUAUCUAGGGUCUGAUGGCGAAAUGAGGAAACCAGCCUUCUCAAGGUACGUCAGCUCUUGUCAGUCAGUAUUUUAUGCCUACCUGGUCAUUUCUUGGGGUCAUUGUCACAUGUGGACUUCCAUUUCUUCAGCACGUUGCUAAUUGUCAACCUGGGAAUGUUUAAUUGUUGCACAAUAGCAAAUACAGACAUUUUCUCCAAAUGACAUCCAACUCUCCUUCUGCACUGAAACUGUUAGCUCUAUCCGUGUACUCAUCAUUCGGAAUGUUCGAAAUGACUUCUGAGUGAACUACUGUUCACCUUUGUAGGCCAAACUAUUUGCACAUUCCAUCAUCACACCCAUUUUCUUGCAAUCAGAGGUGUGUUCCAUGACUUUUGGUAGGAUAGUUAAUUAUUUAUCAUUAUUUUGAAUGUCUUCUUUACUUCUAAAACGGUGUUGUAAUUGUGUUUGUUAAUUAAACUUUUUUAAUCAUUUUACCUCUUUUUUCAAUAUUGUAUAUAUAUAUUUUAACAAUAAUUUGAUUUACAUAGUCAAAUGAUAUAGAUAAAUCCAACAAUAAAGUUAUGAGAAAUUCAGUUUUCUCCAAAUUACUAAUAACAAUUUUAAACAAAAUUUAUGUUUCAUUAUGUGUAGAUUUACCCUUACAAAAUCUAUACUUAAAAUCAAAUAAAUCAAAGUCUAGUGGUAAUCCAUUUUCUACUAAUAUUUUUUAGAACCUAUGCUUAUAAUUAACUUAGAAUCUAUAAUUAUUGUAUGAUAAUUACAAAUUUGUCUUGUAUCUCCCUUUUUAGAUAUUUGUAUUACUGCUUUUUUCAGUCUGGAAACAUUUCUUUAUCAAUACAGAAAUAUGUAUUGCAAUAGGACAACUGUUGAUUCAGUAAUUACUAAAGAAUUAUAGUCUAAUGAAACUGAUUUAAUUAUUGUAAUAUAUCAGUAGUUUCAUUUUUGGAUAUUGGUUCGACAAAUAAACUAGCAAAUUUAGUUUUGAGAUUAUCAAACUA